AAAAUCAACGACAAAACGAUAAUGGCCGUGGUGGGCGAGCACGGUGAGACCCAGCAGUUGGUCCACUACCUCAUAAGGAAUAUACAUUUGUACCAAAUUCGGAACAAUUACUCAUUAGACAUUGGCGCUGUAGCGCACUUUGCCAGGCGGAAUUUAGCUGAUGCUAUGCGUAGAUCUAGAAAAUACAACGGUGCCCUCCUAGCUGGCUACGAUGAAAAAGAGGGUGGGCAGCUCUACUUCCUCGAGGGCUUGGGAGUAAGCCUGCCGACGCCCUUCGGAGCGAUUGGCCUGGCUGGGAUGUUAAGCUUGGGCGUCCUGUGUCGGUAUCAUAAGCCAAACCUAACAGAAGCAGAAGCGUACGAAGUACUAAAACUGUCGACACAAGAAAUACAGCAGCGUUUCGUCGUGCAACUACCCAAGUUCCAAGUAUCCGUGGUCUCUAAACAUGGCGUCAAGCAGUUACCUACGUUAUAGUAUGGAUCUUAAUAUACG